UCCAGGUCCAUCAUGUAUUGUGGUGUGCUGCCAUCUGUCGGAAGAGGCCGUUUGUUUGUUCACCAGCAGGGUGACCGAGCUGCACAUCCUGAAUGCUACAUGUGCUCUUAUGAAGCAUCCAGAUAAUGAAUCGUCAGAAUAACUCUGCGUUGAACCCUUCAGUGCUUUCUAAAGGAGGAGCACCGGGGUCCAUGCAGCCUCCACCCGGAAGAAUACCCCAGGACUUCAAAGCAGCGAUGCUCCAGAUCCCACUGAAGCUAUCAAACAACACAAACAACAGUAUUUCUGACGCGGCUGCUCAGACACAACCAGCCCAGAAACCUGCAGUGAAACGUUCUGCUGAUAAAUGGAAGACUUCAUUCAAACCAUUAGGAAAACAAGAUGACUCUCUGGACAAAAGCACGGACAGUUCACAAAGGGUUGAGAUGUAUGAUCCUUACGACCCACUCUCGUCAGACUCUGAACACGAGAUGCUACGUGCCCAAGACCACAACAAGUCCCCACCUGAUCAGGAUUACAAACUGGGACGCCAGUGUUCGUCUCCAAGUACAGAUUUACGUAAAAAACGCCGCUGGGCAUCAUGCUACUCUGAUUCGUUGGGCCAACCCCUCCACAGACAGGACUCUAGCCCUGAAACCAGACCCACCCAGAGUCAGGGUCUCAGUCUAGGUCAUAGACUGCAUGAACGACAGGCUUAUAGCCUCAACACUGAAUCACUUGAUCGACUGGGUUUUACCACCAUAAGUAGACAUCUGGACCAGAUGGUCUGUAGCCCUGACAUGCUUAUUCACGCCUCCUCCGCCCAACAGUUUCCUGCAUUUUAUGGAGGACAGAGGACCAACGGGGUGGAGAGGAUAAUAAUCCCAGAAUACCAAAGAGAGAUGAACACUACUGUUAGAUUAUCCCCACCCAGGUUACAGCAGGACUAUCAACAGUUGAAAUACUUGGGAACAGGACAGGAACAAAUACCACUUUCCACAGAGGUGCCAAGAAAGAGCAACGUAGAUAUAAUAAUGGACAGGAGCCCCAUCACUUGUGACCUUUGUGAUGUUGAGUUAGCCAAUGGUCAGGAGCUGGAGGAUCACUUGGAGAGCAAGAGUCACUGGGACACCCUGGAGCACAUCCAGCAGCAGAAUAAUUAUGAUGAUCUGGCUAUAGCCUUCAUACAGGAAGUCAUGCUGUAUAAAAGCCAUCAGUGCAGCCGAGCCAUAGAGGAUGGUGCACUUGAAGCUCUGCAGGAAAACGACCACAUGACAAAGAUUGAAAUGUUCCACUGUGCAGCUUGCAGUGUCUUCGUAUCCACAUCUGUAUCUUCAGUGCACACUCACAUUACUUCUCAGGAACACUACACCAACGUAAAGGAGUUUCAGGUGCAGCAGAGACGCUCUUGCCUUGACAAAGCAGAAACCAUGAUGAAGGAGCUGAAACCUCAGUUUGAGCACUUCCUGAAGGGUGGCAGCCCAUUUGAAUGAUGGAAAUCAUUGGAAGACUCCAAAAUAUAGUUUUUGAGGGGCUGAUUUAAACAUCAAUCACAGCCACACAUAAAUGCUGCGGCUGCACUAAUGUACAGUAUAUUGCUUAGAAAGUAUGUUGAUUGUGUCAUUCGGGUUUUGUCUGAAUAAAAAGGAGUCAUCUUGAAUAUAGGUUUGUUCACACAAUAUGGAUUUUCUUGUAUCUUUGUACACACAUCAUGUCAUUUUACAUAUUAUUGUUAUUAACGUUAUCUAUAGUUCUCCCAGGUCAUCACCAUUUGGUCAGUGUGUCAUUUUCUAAAUUUACAGAUUCAAUGUUUUAUAAUUUGUGUGAAAAAAAAUG